AACUGAGGCUGUCGUCAGCCAUAAUGCCACCAUACAGCUGUUCCAACCAGUCAACCACAGCAUUCUUGAUCCCUCGAUUCCAUGGUCGCCUAAUCUGAGUGAGCUGUGCCGUCCAUCAUGACUAUUUCCUGAUGUAAAUCUUCCUGCUUCUCUUUGAAUAUGUUCGCAUCUUGUCGAGACGGCAUCAGACAAACCUCGACCUGGGACAAGCGCAGCUACUGCCGCAGCAACACCGCCUCGCCAGAUCCACUGGAGUCAGCUCCAUAAGACUGACCACUAAACCAUGCCUGGUCUUCCAGCCUCCGUCGAUCUCGACGAAUGCAUUUCACGCCUGUACAAGAAGGAGCUCCUCGCAGAAUCGGUCAUCGAAGCAAUAUGCGCAAAGGCGAAGGAGCUCUUGAUGCGGGAGAGCAAUGUGGUCCACGUUCAGGCGCCCGUCACAGUGGUUGGGGAUAUACACGGGCAGUUCUUCGACCUCAUUGAGAUCUUCAAAAUUGGCGGCUGGUGUCCGGAUACGAAUUACUUGUUUCUAGGCGACUACGUUGAUCGAGGGAUGUUCAGCGUCGAGACCAUUUCCCUUCUUGUUUGUUUGAAGCUGAGAUACCCCAACCGAGUGCAUUUGAUACGCGGGAACCACGAGUCACGAGGUGUGACACAAUCUUACGGCUUUUAUACCGAGUGUUCCCGCAAGUAUGGGAACGCAAAUGUUUGGCAUUACUUUACGGAUAUGUUCGACUUCCUCACCUUGAGUGUUGUCAUUAACGACCAGAUCUUCUGCGUACAUGGAGGUCUAUCACCCUCCAUCCACUCGAUCGACCAGAUCAAGAUCAUAGACCGCUUCCGCGAGAUCCCCCACGAGGGCCCAAUGGCCGACCUCGUCUGGUCCGACCCAGACCCCGAGCGUGACGAGUUUAGUCUCUCGCCCCGCGGGGCAGGGUACACCUUCGGCGCACAGGUGGUUAAGAAAUUCCUAGCCGUGAACAACAUGAACCACAUCCUGCGAGCCCACCAGCUUUGCCAGGAGGGCUUCCAGGUGCUAUACGACGACCGGCUGAGCACGGUGUGGAGCGCGCCCAACUACUGCUACCGGUGCGGGAAUAUGGCCAGCGUGUUGGAGGUGAGCGAUACCGGGGAGCGGUUCUUCAACGUGUUUGCUGCCGCCCCGGAGAACGACCUGCACAAGGAUGCCCAGCCCGUAGGGGACAAGACGGUGGACGGAGGGGUCUUGCCGGAUUACUUCCUGUAGCUUUGUAUAGGCUCCCAGACGGCGCGUACGAGGAAUGCUUUAUGUGCACAGAUUAGCGUGGCCCGACCACCCUCCCAGGGUAGAGCGGAGUUGGGUAUUAUACCACCAUAGUGGAAGGGAUCGCAGCUCUGUUGUAUAAAGAAAGUGCCACCAUGCAUAGGUGCCCAACUGUGUGUCGAGAAAUGGCAUAGCCUCCCUACGUAGCAUCUUACAAUAGCAAUCACACAUUAAUGUUAGAUGG